UUGAGUUGAGUGGUCGAUGUGCUCGCAAAAUUUCAGAUCACGAGACACAAAUUCCAGACUCUGGCCAAUAGAAACAGCACAUUUUCAUUAGAGAGGUUGGCUUUGGACUAUAAUGGAUUAAAACAGAAAACCUACAGUGAUGUGUACGAAGACCUGUCACCACUGUGUGUGCUAUCAUGAGCCUCACCAGAUGCCUGCUGGUAAAGACGGAGGUUAAAGAAUUUAUAAAGCAGUGCAUGCUGGCAGUGGGUACUAAAGCCAGUCAUGCCAGCAGCCUAGCAGAUGUGCUAGUGGAGGGGGACUUGCGUGGCCACUACAGCCACGGACUCAACCGCAUGGAUUUAUAUGUAAAGGAGAUUCAGGCAGGAAUCUGUGCAAAGGAGGGCGGGCCGGUGGUGGAAAAGGAGUCAGUGGCUACAGCGCUUGUAAACGGGAAGAACCUCCUGGGUCCAGCUGUGGGAAACUACUGCAUGAGUUUAGCUCUGAAGAAAGCUCAAGACGUGGGCAUAGGCUGGGUGGUGGCUUACGGCUCCAACCAUUAUGGCAUUGCUGGCUAUUAUUCCAUGCAAGCCCUGAAAAAGAACAUGAUUGGGAUGUGCUACACUAAUUCCUCUCCUCUAGUGGUUCCAACACGAGGCAAAGAGUGCACACUGGGGACAAAUCCUAUUAGUGUAGCAGCUCCUGCUAAGGAUGGAGACAGCUUUGAGCUGGACAUGGCAACCUCGGCUGUUGCUCUCGGGAAGGUGGAGCUUUCUGCACGUAAUGGCUGCUCUAUCCCAGAGGGUUGGGGUUGUGAUGCCGAUGGCCUUCCCAGCUCUGACCCUAACGCAGUGCUGUCUGGAGGAGGCCUGGUGCCUGUGGGUGGCAGUGAGACGACAGGAGGUUAUAAGGGCUAUGGCCUGGCGCUAAUGGUGGAGGUGUUCUGCGGGAUUCUGGCUGGCUCACACUACAGCAAAUACAUACGCACAUGGAGAAAGACUGACUCCAAGGCAAACCUGGGUCAGUGCUUUGUGGCAUUAAACCCAGAAUUCUUUGCUGAUGGAUUCAAUGACAGAAUGUCUGAUCUGCUGUCCAUACACAGGAACCUCGAGCCAACAGUACCAGAGAUGCCUGUAAUGGUCCCUGGAGACCCGGAGAGGAGACAUAACCAAACCUGCCUUGAGCUGGAUGGCAUCCCGUACUCCUUGAGUGUGGUCAAGCACAUGAACAAGGUUGCCAGCACUUUGGGAGUGACUCUUCAGCUGCCCACCCACAGACUCAUCCAGUAAACCGGCAGCCUGCAGCUCACAUGGCACUAGUGUAUGAAACAUCCAGUCUAAAAUUUUACUUAAUCAAUAUUUAAUAUUUAAAUGACUCAGGACUAAGUCAAGACAUCUGCUGUAAAGAGAAGCAGGAUUUCUAUUAAAAAAAAAUAAAUAAAUACUCUUGAAAUAGAUUGAAAUGUUUAUGAAACUUUUAUUUUUGUAAAUUACAGGCAGAUUUUUGUG